UCAUUCAACUCCUUUCUCGUUUCCUUCAAAAAUUUCAUUUCAUGUUCUUCUUCUCUCUCUCUCUCUCCCAAACAGUCAAAAAAGGAAAACACUAAUACCUGCCUCUGCCUCUCGCUCUCUCUCGAAUCCAACAACCCUUUUCAGAUAUCAUCCAAUCCCCUCAAUCCAACACAUUCAAGUCCUUCCCUUUUCAAUUCAUCCCCACGUGAAAUACAAAAAUAGUUUUCUCUUUUUCCCGGAAUUCAAUUUCUUCCCCCAUUCAUGCGAUGCUAAGCCGCAUGGGAUCCUCCUCCUCAUUCGAUCAAUCGCUCAGAAAUUCCCCAACCCACUUCUCCUUUUUCCACAAAGUUUGACUCUUUAUUGAGACUGCUUGAAUUUCCUUCGCCAAGGUUUCGGCUUUAGAAAGAUCGACAGGAAGAUGAGGGUUGCAAAGUCUCAGGUGUGGCAACCGUGUAAAAAGAAGAGAUCUUGAUACCCGCUCUAAUCUAACUCAUAUACACGGAGAAAGAAAGAAAGUAAAACAAGUUAUAGUCGGAGCAAGAAGAAAAAGAAGAUGACGUCACGUAGCGGCGGCAGCAGCAGCCGUGCUGGUGGCGGGACGAAGGUGGGGAAAUACGAGAUGGGUCGGACACUUGGAGAGGGAAACUUCGCAAAGGUGAAGUUCGCCAGGAACUUGGAGACAGGGGAGAACGUGGCCAUCAAGAUCCUUGACAAAGAGAAAGUUCUCAAGCACAAGAUGAUAAACCAGAUAAAACGAGAAAUAUCCACAAUGAAACUGGUUAGACACCCCAAUAUCAUACGUUUGCAUGAGGUGAUGGCUAGCAAGACAAAGAUAUACAUUGUGUUGGAACUUGUGACCGGCGGGGAACUGUUUGAUAAAAUUGCAAGCCAAGGGAGGCUGAAAGAAGACGAAGCAAGGAAAUAUUUUCAGCAGCUUAUAUGUGCUGUCGAUUACUGUCACAGUAGAGGUGUUUGCCACAGAGACUUGAAGCCUGAGAAUUUGUUGCUGAGUGCUGAUGGAGCGCUUAAAGUGUCGGAUUUUGGAUUGAGUGCACUGCCGCAACAAGUUCGAGAAGAUGGGCUGCUUCACACAACAUGUGGUACGCCAAAUUAUGUUGCCCCAGAGGUGAUAAAAAAUAAAGGCUAUGAUGGUGCAAAGGCUGAUCUCUGGUCAUGUGGUGUUAUUCUCUUUGUUUUAAUGGCUGGUUAUUUGCCCUUUGAAGACAGCAACCUUAUGAAUUUAUAUAAAAAGAUUUUCAAUGCUCAGUACGAUUGUCCUCCAUGGUUUUCUUCAAGUGCCAAAAAACUAAUCAAGAAAAUCCUCGAUCCCAAUCCUGCUACGCGGAUUACAAUUCCUGAGUUAAUUGAGAACGAGUGGUUCAAGAAGGGGUACAAGCCUCCUCGAUUUGAGCAGGAAGAUGUCAGUCUUGAUGAUAUAAAUGCUAUAUUCAGUGAAGCAAUGGAUGCACACAAUCUUGUUGUGGAAAGGCGAGAAGAGGAGUCAGUGGCUCCUGUGACUAUGAAUGCAUUUGAGCUUAUCUCUACAUCCCAGGGACUCAACCUCAGAAAUCUUUUCCAGAAGCAGAUGGGACUUGUUAAAAGGGAGACAAGAUUCACAUCCAAAUGUUCAGCAAAUGAGAUAAUCUCAAAAAUUGAGCAGGCUGCAGGUCCUCUGGGUUUUGAUGUUAAGAAGAACAACACUAAGUUGAAGAUUCAAGGGGAAAAAAGUGGACGAAAAGGUCAUCUAGCAGUAGCAACUGAGAUCUUGGAGGUGGCCCCUCAACUUAACAUGGUUGAGCUUCGAAAAUGUGGAGGAGACACAUUGGAAUUUCAUAAGUUCUAUAAGAAUCUAUCUGUUGGCCUGAAAGACAUCAUUUGGAAAGCAGAACCUAUUGAUGAAGAUUUGGAUGCAGAUACAGUUGAGAGAGAGAGAGAGAUGAGAGAAGAAGUUAUUAGCUCCGGCGGCACCGUUGAUCCCACACCUGCUGCCAGUUCUGCUGGCGCAUCGUCUGCAGCUGUUCCAAUGAAUGUUGGCAGCAUAGAUGGGUCAAGUCAUGGACAAGGCUCUAAAGCUGCUUCUCUCUCAUGUGUUGGCUCUCAACAACCAUGGACUUCCCUGAGCACAAGUGCUGUUGGCUCUGGUUCUUCAAGAGCUUCAUGUAGACCCUGGGAGAGAGGGGAUCUAUUGAGGCGAUUGGCUACAUUUGUUCCUUCAAAUUGGCUUGGAAAGCCUCAGAUCAUCAAUUCAUUGGCUUGUGCUCAGAAAGGUUGGAUGAGUGUUGGUGUAGACAAAGUUUCCUGUGAGUCAUGUGGUGCUUGCCUGAAUUUUACAUCAUCAUCAUCUUGGACAUCAGCUGAAGCUCAAAGUGCCAGCGAAUCCUUUGCCAGGCAACUGGAUUUUGGGCACAAAGUGAAUUGUGCCUGGAGAGGAAACAGCUGUCCAGAAAGCCUAGUACAGUUCCCUCCAACACCCCAAUCUGCAUUAAUUGGUGGCUACAAGGAUAGAUGUGAUGGACUUGUACAGUUUACCUGUCUCCCAGUUGUAGCAAUCUCUGCAAUUGAUUUGAUGUGUGUUACUCGAGGUCCACAGAUUGAGCGAUUUUUGUCCCAGCUUCAGAAUUUUGUGUCAGGAGAAGCAAACUUUAAACAGGAGAUUAUAUCAGAGCUUGAAAACUCUCAUGAGGAGGCACACUGCUUAUUUUCUCGUUCUCAAAAGCUUAUAAGCCUUUGUGGUUGGGAACCCCGGUGGCUUUUAAAUGUCCAGGAUUGUGAAGAGCACUCUGCUCAAUCCGAAAGGAAUGGACAUUCUUUUGGCAAGAAUCAACUUCAUCGUACUCAAGAUCCAGGGCUGAAAGCAGUUUCUGCUUGUGCUAAAAGGGACGCCAGAAAGGGAAAGGCUUCUCUUAAGGAGUCUAGAUUUGACUGUAGGUCCCCGUUGCUUGACUGUAGCUUAUGUGGUGCUACGGUUAGAAUUUUAGAUUUCUUGACUGUUCCUCGUCCUGCUCGUUUUGCACCGAAUGCCAACAGCAUAGAUAUUCCUGAUACCAGCAAAAAGAUAGGAUUGACUCGUGGAGUGAGUGCAGCUAGUGGAAUAAGCGGUUGGGUUGCAGCUGAUGAUGCCGAGAAAGAUCAGGUCGAAGACCGUGAUGAAGUUGCAACAACAAAUGAGGGUAAACUGUUGGCAAACUCUGAUUUGGAUUUGAAUCUUACCAUGGCUGGAGGGUUUUCUUUUACUCCUUUUGGAAGGACAGCAACAUCUGAAAAUACUCAUGAUGAAGAUAUGGGAAGGGAUUUGAUGAUUGGCCAGCCUUCAGGCAGUGAGAUUGGUGACCGCGCAGCUUCAUAUGAAUCACGAGGGCCAAGCUCUCGUAAGAGAAAUCUUGAAAAAGGGGGAAGCUCAGAUGACAGGCCAGUUCCCAGGUUGCAGCAGCAGGCUGAUAGUGUUGAAGGAACUGUGAUUGAUCGUGAUGGUGAUGAAGUCACAGAUGGUGGACAAUAUUCAGCUGGUCCCUCAAAACGUGCCCGUGACUCUGAUAUUUUUGACACACAUUCUUCACCACAUCAAAGAGACUCAUCUGGUGCUGGUCCUAGUCAUUCGAUGGGUUUUGAUGCUUAUGCUUCUGGUACUCGAGUUUCUUCAUUGCAUCAAGGUAAUGACCGCAUAAUCGGAAUCCAAUCAGCUAGAGACUCAACCCGUGCAUCUUCUGUCAUUGCAAUGGAUACAGUAUGUCAUAGUGUAAAUGAUGAUUCUAUGGAAAGUGUUGAAAAUUAUCCUGGAGACCUUGAUGAUGCCCACUUCCCCUCCUCUAGCACCCAUGGCAAUGUGGACAUGAAUGAAACAUCAGAACUGAAUAAUAGCAAUCUAGCUCAACAGAGUACUUGUUUUCAAACAGCAACUGAAGCUGUCCCUGGUGAAGUGGGUGUCAGUAGUACAAACUAUGGGGAAGAACUUUUCAAUGCAGAAACUGUGACUGCUCCAGCACGAGAUGGAAUCAGUUUUGGAAUUAGUGGAGGCAGUGUUGGAAUGUGUGCUAGUCAUGAAGCUGAAAUCCACGGAGCAGAUAUAUCUGUGCACAGAGCUGAUAGUGUUGUUGGCGAAAUGGAGCAUAGAGUAGAAGAUGCUGAAAAUCAGGGACAAACUGAUGAAUCUGUUCCUGAUCCAGGUCUAAUGGAUGAGAUUGUCCCUGAUGAUAUUAACAGGGAAGGUCCUGUUGGAGAUAGCCAGGAGAUGAUGUCUCACUCUGCAGGAAGGGCAGACAGUGGAUCGAAAAUUGGUUGUUCUACAAAGGCAGAAUCUGUUGAAAGUGGUGAAAAGAUUAGUCAAAACCGCAAUCUACCACCUGCUACCAGUAGUCAUCCAUCUCAUUCUUGCAAUGCUAAUAUAUAUUCUGCUUGUGAAAAUACCAAGGAAGAGAUCAUUAAGGAUAGUAAAUCAUCGUUCACCAACAAAAGUGGCCUCGAACCAGAUUUUGCUUUAGCAAAUGGGAUAGGGCCUCCAAAAGGAGAAAGUAAUUAUGAAGGUGGUGUAGAAUUUGAUCCUAUUGCCCAUCACAACCAAUAUUGCCCUUGGGUGAAUGGCAAUGUUGCUGCUGCUGGCUGUGCUAAUUCUGUUCCAAGCACUAGCAGUGAUGCAAUUGCACUCUGCGGUUGGCAGCUGACGUUAGAUGCUUUGGAUGCUUUGCGGUCUCUUGGGCACAAUGCAAUUCCAACUGUACAAUCUGAGUCUGCUGCAUCCCUUUACAAGCAGAAUGAUCAGCAAGCACCUUCUCAAAAGCUCCUUCGCAACCAAUCUAUGAGCAGAAGUCAUGGUCAACUCUGAGAUUGGUGUGCUUUUUGCUUAUUUCCAUUUGCUUGAUGUCAAGGCAUGCUACUCUAGGUAUAUUUCAAAGUCUCUGGGUAGAGAUUUUCGAGGGUCUAGCAGACUUUUUUCUUUUUUGUUCUCUUUUGCUGUUUCUGUGCAAAUAAUCGUAUACAGAUAAAUAGAUAAUCAGUUGUUCAGCAGAACUUAUAGAUCUCGUGCAUUAAUCUGCAUGGUCAAUUAAUUAUGUAGAAGACUAAAGCUUUUAUGGAACAACUUCAGUUUGCUUCGAGAUUCCUAGUUAGAGGCAUUUAAGUGUAAAUACUGUGAUGAUGUAUUUGCUUUUUAUAAUAGUUUUCUGUUAUUUGUUCCUUUUA